AUGAGCAACAUGAAAGGUGUAGAAUAAUAAACCAAAUCUAAAUAUCAUGAAUAACAUGUUGAAAAUGUAUUAGUUGGUUUGAGAUUAAGACCCACUGAUUCUAAUGAUAAAAUAUGUAAUAUUGUUAAUGAGAAAUCAGUCAUUGUUAAAAAAUCUAAUGAGCGCUUUUCAUUUGAUAAUGUAAAUCUAUUCAAAUAACAAUAGGUAUUUGAUGAAGCAGCAUCAUCUAAAGAUAUUUUCACUAAAAUGGUCUAACCUAUUGUAUAGAAAUGUCUUUUAGGAUAUAAUGGCUCAAUUUGUGCAUAUGGAUAGACAAGUUCUGGAAAAACAUAUACAAUGAAAGGAAGUAAUAAAGAACCAGGACUUAUUUAAUUAUCUAUUGAUUAUUUACUUCAAUCCAUUAAUAAAGUUUAAAUUCUAUGUGAUCAUAGAUUACUGAUACCUAUUGUAAUUUAAAGAUUUCAUACAUUGAAAUUUACAAUGAAAAUAUUUAUGAUCUUUUGAUUAGAGAUCUAUAAGAAAUGAAACCUAAUACAUCUAAUGAAUAUAAAUGGGAAACUAUUAAUUCUUUAAAUUAAUUUGAAGAAAUUUUGUAUAUAAUUUUACUCAUUUAUUUUUAGUAAAUUAGGUGAAGAAUAAAGACAUUUUGGAGAAACUAAAAUGAAUGAUAAUUCUUCUAGAUCUCAUGUUAUUUUAUAAAUAGCAAUAGAAGCAAGAUAGAAAUGUCCACCAUUUAUUAUUCGCAAUUCUUAUCUUCAUUUAGUUGAUUUAGCUGGUUCUGAAGGAUUAUCAAAAACAUAAGCUGAAGGAUUAAGAAGAAAAGAAGGAUUUUUAAUUAAUAAAAGUUUAUUAGCACUUUAAAAUGUUGUUUCUAAAUUAAAGGAAAAUAAAAAAGAUUAAUUUGUUAAUUUUAGAGAUUCUAAAUUAACUAAAAUACUUAAACCUAGUUUAAAUGGUAAUUCAUUAACUGUUAUGUUAUUAACUAUAAGUUAAAAUAAUGAAAAUUAUUUAGAAUCAGUUAAUACAAUGAGAUUUGGUAUGUCUGCAGGUGCAUUAAAAAAUACUGUAAAUAUCAAUGAAAUUUAAGAAUGUAAUAAUUUUUAGAGUGAAGCAUAUAAUGAAAUGAUUGAAUAAGUGGAAAAUUAUUAAAAUUAAUUAUAAGAAAUAUAAUAAUAAUUAGACUUUUAUAAAAAUUAAAGUUAAGAAGAAUAAAAUACAAUUAAAUAAAUAAAAGAAUUAGUUAAAGAAAAAAAUAUAUUAAUAGAAGAUUAAUUAAAAACAAUUACAGAAUAAAUUGUUGAAAAAUAACGAUUAUAGGAAUAAAUUCAUUAAUUAUAAAGAUGUAAUUAAGAAUUAAUUUCUACAUCAAAUGAAAAUUCAAAUUAUCUAAAUUAUUUUAGAAAUAUUGUUGAAACUAAAGGAGUCUUGAAUCCAAAACUUUUGGUUGAAUGUAUAACUUAAACUGAUAGUUGUGAAUCAGAUUAAUAAAUUAAAGUAUUAGAAUAAGAAAAUGUUUCACUUAAAUAAUAAAUUAGUGAAAUGAAAAAUAAAUUCUCAUUUGAAAUAUAAGAUGUUAAAGAUAUGGUAUCAGGAAUUAAAAAAAAUAAAGAAUUUACACCUGCAAAGAAAUUAAAAUUUUAAUCAAAUAAAGAUUUAAAUGUAUAAAAUGAAAACUAAAAAGAAACUAAGACAUGGUUAUAAAAGAGUCUUUAAAAAACUAAUUAAUAUUUAGAAUCAUUAAAUCUUUUAAGUAAAUUAUUUUGAUAAGUAAAUAGCUACACUAUAAACAUAAUUAAUUGAAUAAACUAAAUAAAAUAUGAUAUUACGUAAUUUUUUGGAUAAAAAAGAAUAAGAAUAUACAGAAUUAGAGAGAGCAAAUUUUGUACUUCAUAAAUCAAUAUUUGAUUUAUAAGAAAAAUUAAGUGAAAUUUAAAAUGAUGAUAAAAAAGAAAAGUAAAAUAUUUGUAUAUAAUUAUUUAGUGUAUGGAAAAUGAAUUCUGAAAAAUCUAAUAAAUAAGAAUCUUUAAUUAAAAAAAGGUAGAGACUAUAUUAGAGUCCAACCAAAGAUGAAUUAAAAAGAAAUUUAUUUAGAUAAGAAUAGAGAAAUUAAAUUUAUGAAAAAGAAUUGAAUAAAUAUAUGAAGAAUUUGGAUUAAAGUAUUUUAUUUAUAUAUAUAAUUUAUAGUAUCAAAAUAAAAAUAAGAACUUUAAUAGUUUUCACAUCAUUUAUAUAUGGCUUGUAUAGAGAAUAAUAUUUAAAUAUGA